AUGCCUGUCGAAUUUAUCAGUGCGACGUUCUUGAACGAGUCAACAGAGUUGAAGCCAAUUCCUGGUGCACCAAUCGAUCCAGACUUUGUCGCUCGAUAUGCUCACAACCUGGAUGACUAUGAAUACAACUACACCCUUGUGCCAUAUAGCUCGGCAUACUUUGAUCCUUGGACUGUCGGAGCGACCAUCGCUGCGUUGACCAAGAAACUCAAGAUCAUCAUUGCGGUUCGACCCAACACGCUGUACCCGACGGUCGCAGCUAAAGCACUAGCCACGCUUGACCAACUCAGCCGAGGACGAGCGGUUGUCCAUUUCAUCGCCGGUGGUAGUGAUGCUGAGCAAGCUAGGGAAGGCGAUUUUCUCAACAAGGAAGAGCGUUAUGCUCGUUUGGAGGAGUAUAUCCGCAUUCUGAGGCGUGCAUGGGCAUCUCCUGAGCCCUUCGAUUGGGAAGGCAAGUAUUAUCAAUUCAAAGACUUCCGAAACCUGGUCCGCCCAGUGAACGGCAAGAGCAUCCCAGUGUCUGUGGGCGGAUCUUCCGAGUCAGCUUAUCGCAUCGGUGGCGCCUUGGCCGACAUCUUCGGACUCUGGGGUGAACCGCUCAAAGAGACCAAAGACCAGAUCGAUCAGAUCUAUGCUGCCGCAGAGAAGGCUGGACGCCCUGCUGGAGACCGACCGCGCAUCUGGGUCACGUUCCGUCCCAUCGUGGCAGAGACCGAGGAACUUGCAUGGGCAAAGGCGCACCGGACACUUGACGCGCUCGAGGCAAGUUCCUCGGCCGCAAGCACAGCCUGGGGUGGCGGCAAGGCAACUGAAGCCAACACACCGCAAAAUGUUGGAUCCCAGCGACUGCUCGAGAUCGCGAAGCGAGGUGAGGUACAAGAUCGUGCACUUUGGUAUCCUACUGUCACCGCGACGAAUGCCCGUGGUGCAUCGACCGCAUUGGUCGGCUCCUACCAGACUGUUAUCGACUCCAUUCUGGAUUAUGUCAAGCUGGGUGCGGAGUUGAUUUCCAUUCGAGGUUAUGAUAAUCUGAACGACGCCAUCGACUAUGGACGCUUCAUCAUUCCUGGUGUACGUGCUGCUUUGCCAGGGCUAGAAAAAAAGGAUGAACCUGUCGUGGCGACUGAAGCGACGAAUGGGACUACCGAGACAAAUGGUACAAAUGGCACCGCCGCGCCAGCAUCGUGA